CAUAAGUGUCGGCUCUCGACUGAAAGAUCCGACUCAAAGAGUCGACACAUCGUUGCUGCGAGAUUGAAUAAGACGGGGUUUGGUGACGGAUGUAAAGCUUUUUGUUCUGCGUGAUCGGAGAUAGCUGAUCUGUUUACAUCGGUAAAUAGUGGCGCGCUAACCGCUGGAGUGUUCCACCAGAGGGAUGAUGGGAUCGCUUGUGAACGUCCGGAGAGGAGGUCGCGCCCCACCUUUGUUUCUGGUGGCCCUCAUCGCCUGCAUCCUUCUGUUGGGCUUCAACUACUGGGUAUCCAGUUCGAAAAAUGUGGAGCUGCAGACUAAGCUGCUGGAGCUGGAGGAAGCUUUGAGACGAACAUCGGCCGAGAAGGCAGAGGAGCAGGUGGGCCGGAGCGAAGUGGAGGAACAAUUACGCAGACAAGGGGAAAAGCUGGCUCUUAUGGAAGCAGCUCACCAGAGACGGCAGCAGAGUGCACAAAGCUUGUGUAAGCAAGAAAAGGAGAGUCUACUCCUCAACAUCUCUUCCACUGCUAAAACGGUUCAGGAUAUGAAAAACCAGAUGAUGAGUUUGCGUGAGGACGUCAGCAAGGUGCAGAAGGAGCUGCAGUCGUGCCAGAACAACAUGAACACGCUGAAUAAGAAACUCACCUAUGACAUGACUCAGUGUAACACGCAGAUAUUAGCCCAGAAGGAAGAGUGUGACGAAAAGGUUGCGGCAGCCAAACUGGAGGUGCAGAAGAAGUACGAGAAGAGAAGUUUAGCCGCCGGUGUUGUUCAGCCUGUUGCAGAUCACACUCAGAAAUCGGUCAUCUCUAAACCCGAGGCGGAAAAGCUCAUCAGAAAAGACUUGGUGAAAAGCCCUGGAGGACCUCUGAAGAUCGACCCAGCUCCAGGAAACAAGAACAAAACCAAAGAGCAACUUGAAACCAACGAGAUCCCAGAAGGUAAAAAAGUCAUUGUCAACCCGAGCGAUUCAGAGAAGCUGCCCGAAUUGCCACCUUCCCCACAACUGUUCAACCAGAACAGCACCAUGAACAAUGCCCUGGAAGGAGUGAUGGACAUUAAAGGAGAAGACCUGAAGGAUGCAGACACUCUUCUUGACGUGGCAGCAGUUACUAAAGUGAAGGAGGAAGACGCCAUAGAAUACGACAACGAAGGCGAGAUUGAGAAACGACUGUCGAAACUAAAAGAUGAUAAAGGAGCCGCGCAGGAGUUCGAGGACGAGCUGGCCGACUACAACGGCGACGACGAGAACGAACCAGAGUUUGAAGCGGACAAACAAGCGGAGCUCGCAGAGGUCUAGCGCAUCUGCAAACACACACCCACACUUGUGCCUGGGAAAAGGAAUUUACCCUCCAUUCAGCUCCUGCUGGGCUCAACCAUUGUAACCCCCGGACCGGCCAAACGAAUCCGGUUUAACAGCAAGGAGGCACAGAAUUUAAGUUACUGUCCAGUUUCGCUGGUGUUUCUCCUCACGUACGCCGGGUCUCUUACACGUUGCACGUGAUGAACAUUUUUUUUCGACAUAUCAACCAGUACAAUCCAGCACUGAACCAUGUUUAUAAAGCUAAAAUCUUUUUUUUUUUUGUGUUGAUGUUCUAUUCUUUACACUGAAAGCAAACUUGUGGAAGUUUCACUCAAAUCUCUGUGUCUUAAACUGCUCCCGUUGUCCGAGGAAACCUUUUGCACCUGCACCCUGCUUUAAAUGCUGGAAGAGGCAAAGUAGCGCUGGAAUGUGGAAAAUGUAGGUCCUGGAGAUCUUUGGAGUACAGCGUGUAUAGUGUAAUCAAAAAUCCUGUGCAUUGUGUGAGGUUUGAGAUCCAGCCCCAGAGCUUUCUGCAUUGCUAAACCUGGACAUGCUAAACUAUUUUUCCAUAACCGUAUACCCCAAAAGAAAUUUUAUAGGUUUAAUUUAAACCAGACAUUUAUAUAUUUUCAGUCCAUUAAAACGACAUUAAUGAUAUAGCAGCUAUACAGCACUCAACCUUCUCUCCCUCCCUAAGUGAAUAAGGCAGCCGACACUGGAGACUCCUUCCAUAAAAGUUUAUCAUCUAAAACUGUAAAUAUGCUCUUGAUCAUAUUCGUUUUUUUUGUAUAGAUUUUAGAAUCGUUUUACAUUAAUUUACUUCCCACUUUAUCCACAACAAGCUGCUUUUUGAAACUCUGAAAAGGUUUGAUUGUUGAAACUCCCACAAGCUGAGCGCAGCUUUUUCCACAAAUCCUGCUAAUCUGAAUGUAUGACAAUUGAUCCAAGGAUGGCCUUUAACUUUUUCCCACUCUGCUGAAAUCUGUCACUUCGUGUGCUUGUUGGGAAUUUUGUAGGGGUCAGGGGGAAAAAAAAAAAAACUAGACUGUAGAUUCAGACUUUGUAUUGGCAGAGAAAAGGAGGUGGGGUGGAUAAAUAAGAUUAUGUUCUGAUUAAUAAUUUGAAUUAAAUCUAAUACCAAAAA